UUUUGGCUCAAAUGGUUUUGGCCCAAACGAGCUGUAACCUGUUCAACUCAACGUAUGUACAAAAACGUUCAGGAAAGUAGUAAAAUGACAUGCUCGUAAACCACACUUAAAGAAAUCGGUUUUGCAAAUGUGCACAGUAAGCUAUGGCAAUCCCAUGUGAUAAAUAAGCGCAACAAAUUACGGAAACCUUCUAUUUGUGACGUUUCUUUUUGUCGUAACUCACGAAAUUCGUUUCGUCCGAGAAUCAAUUUUUUUAGUUAAAAUGGUGUUGAACACUCGUUUCACGCUUGAAGAUGCUUUGAAAGUAAUUAAAACCAGCGAGGAACAACCGCAUGUGAAAAGCGCUAUUGAAAUAUUAGAGCAAUGUUGCGAAAAAUUCAGCAACACAGAAAUUUUCUUGAGCUUUAACGGAGGCAAAGAUUGCACAACUGUACUUCAUUUGGCUGCUUGUGUAUUCAAACUUAAAAAAGUAUCACCAUUACUGUGCCUGUAUGUGACCGAAGACCCUUUUCCAGAGGUUGAUGCCUUUGUUGAAGAAGCUGCAAGCUAUUACGAAUUGGAAUUAGUGAAAAAGAAAAAGCCCAUUAAAUCAGCGCUGAUGGCUUUACAGAACGAGAGAAGGAUGAUAAAAGCGAGUCUGAUGGGCACUAGAAGAGGAGAUCCGGGUUCCGACAAACUGGAAUCUUUCACUCCAACCGAUUCCGGAUGGCCAAACUUGACAAGAAUUUUCCCAAUAUUGGACUGGAGUUAUAAACAAAUUUGGCAAUUUCUACUCGAUCAUAAAGUACCUUAUUGCAGUCUUUAUGAUCAAGGAUACACGAGUCUUGGCUCAAGAUCAACCACUGCACCGAACCCUGUGCUAAGACGCUCGGAAGGUUCAUAUUUGCCUGCUCACAUGCUCAGCGAUGAUAGCACCGAACGGAAUGGAAGAAGAUGAUAACGAGUCAUCUUAGACCGAAAUUCAACUCAAUUCUUUGCAUUAUUUAAUUUUGUACUUUAAAAAAAUUUUAUUUUAUGGGCAUUCGGUUAUGGCAGAUUUUCGAAUUCUAUUGAAUCGUAUGCUGGCUUUCCUGCACAGAUCUGAUUUGUUAUUAAAUUAUUUCACAGAUAAGAGUAUUAUUCCUAGCUAUCUUCCCAUUGUACACCAAACAGUUAUUAUUUACCGCAGAGUACAUAGUUAUACUGAUGAAUAAAUUUAUGAUGUUUU